UGACCUCUCAACCACACGUGGAGUUUGUUUACGUGCUAGUCGAAAAUGUUGUAUUUUAUUGGUCUGGGAUUAGGAGAUGCCCAAGACAUCACGGUCAAGGGGCUGGAAGUUGUCAAGAGGGCAAAGAGGGUGUAUCUAGAGGCGUAUACAUCGAUUCUUACUGUGGGCAAAGAAGGUUUGGAGGAAUUCUAUGGCAGGGACUUGAUUCUAGCCGACAGGGACAUGGUUGAACAGCAGUCAGAUGAACUCUUCAGAGACGCUGAAACAGAAGACAUUGCUUUUCUUGUUGUUGGAGACCCUUUCGGGGCCACGACUCACACCGAUCUUGUCCUCAGAGCAAGGCAGGAAGGGAUAGAGUACAAAGUGAUCCACAAUGCGUCAAUCAUGAAUGCCAUUGGAUGCUGCGGGCUACAGUUGUAUAACUUUGGAGAGACUGUCUCCAUCGUGUUUUGGACCGACACCUGGACACCAGAUAGUUACUACGACAAGAUUGCCAGCAACCGACGGAACGGACUGCACACGCUGUGUCUACUGGACAUCAAAGUCAAAGAGCAGUCCAUUGAGAACAUGAUGAGAGGGAGGAAGAUCUACGAACCGCCACGCUACAUGACAGUCAGCCAGGCAGCCUCCCAGCUGCUCCAAAUAGUGGAAAGAAAAAGGAGUUCAGACGGUCAGGAAAAAUUAGCUUUUACGGAAGACACUGUCUGCGUGGGUGUGGCACGUGUCGGAUCGGAUACGCAACAAAUGGCAGCCGGUACCCUGCAGCAACUGGCGUCCGUCGACCUCGGCGGACCACUGCACUCAUUGGUCAUCGCCGGUCACAUGCAUCCACUAGAACUAGAGAUGCUUAGGCUGGUCGCCAUAGAAACCUCAUUAUUUGAUCGUUUGUUAGAGGAAGCAGAGAAGAGGUAGCAGAAAUUUUAUAUUUUUCUAAAGCUUGGCGCACACCUUUUCGAUUUUACUGGUUCAUUGAAUCAUCAGGCCAUCGUACAGAGGUGUGGGCUGAAAAUCCGGACCCAUCUGACCAUAUACCAGGCAACUGCAUCCGAUUUCACCAGAUCCAAUUUCUGGACGCGAUAUUUAUGUUAACCAAUCAGAUUCACGAAGGAAGUCAUGUUUGUCAUCAUGUGGCCGUUCAUCAUGUGACCGAUUUUUGGACGGAAUCGGGCAUGUGUGCAGGUAACGUUGCGAUGUAACCGCAAUGCGAGGCAUUCACCACACAAGUCGUGUACACGCACGUGCACGGAGACGUGUAAAUGUCAGGUGUAAUAUAAGUAUUCAUAUCCUACUGAUUCUUAGCCAAUCAGAGUGUCUGUCCAAUUUUGGUAGCAUUUUCCAUGUCUUGUGUACAGACGCGGGUGCAGACUAUUAAAGCCGGUAAUUGAAAUCGACGUGUACGCAUAUGGGGCCGAGGGUGCAGGAAUUGUUCCCGCGUGUGAUUAAACUGCGCGCUUCACGUAACCCUGGGAUGGUAUGCAGUAGUCAAAGCCGCGUUGGUGAUACGGUGCGGUACAUGGCUGUGCAGGCGGACUAAACCCGGCCAAUUACCAACUUGAUUAGUCUAUUAUCAAUUCAAACAUAACAUUCAAUUCUACAUCUUUUUAUAUUGUAUAUGAGGCUCUUUAUUUGAACAAGACUGUUGAGUACAUUCACAAACAUGUUGAAAUACAGUUCUGGCUUCAAGAAAAAUAAAUUUAUUUUGUUCUAUUUAAGCAUUUCAAGGUCUAAUUGCUGGCGUCAAAGCACACAAGACUUUACCCCUUUUGAUGCACAUAAUAUUUUUUUACUAUGGAAGAGAGACAUUUCCAUGCACUGCGGUCAAGAAAUUGUUUUGUGUGAAACUUGGUUGGUGCAUCGAGCUUUACUCUUGUAACUGAUUACUGUAAUGGUUGACAGAAAAGCAUGUGACCCCAAGUUCCGACAUGAUUGGUUGCCGGUCAUUUAAACUACUCGCUUGCCAUUGGUUAGUGAUUGUUCUUUAUUACUUUUGGCAAGAGAUGGUUUGAAGGGUGCAUAAGGAAUGUUCUACAAAUAAUGAAUGUUUAUGAGUGCAAUGGUAAGAAUAAUUUCAUGAGGUGAUAAUGGAAUGGAACGUUCCAUCUGUCACUGAAGGAAAUUAUUCUUUCCAUUGCACAAAUGUGAAACAUUAUUUGUUUUAUACAAGGCCUGAAUAAAUCCUCGUCAUCUGAUUAGUAAUGGAGUGACCGUGCAAUGAAACGUCCAUUUACCGUGGAAUGGUACAUAGAAUUAUUUGUCCGAACAUGGCCAGACCGCAAUUUUUUUUUCCCCAAACGAAUUCUGCACGAGGUGUACGCUAUGACGUUUUGGACUUUGGAUUUUGAAGAAAAAAAAAAAAAAU